AUGGAAGAAAUCAUAGAACCCCAUAACACAGAAUAAAUAGCAGAGUCUGCACCAGUACGCUCUUUAGUAGAUGGUCCUCCACCAGAAUAAACAUUCGACCCUUACAAUUUAGAGCACUAUCGCUCGCCCAGAGCCAAUGAGUUACUGAAACUAGUUUAGCCCUAUAAGAAGUUUGAGCAGACUGAUAUGUAUAUGAUAGCUGGAGUUUUCCUUAUAGGAUUUGUUUUCGCUUUGGUCCUAUCAAAUUACUAUAAAGCCAAGAACCAGAAAAUAAACCAGAUCAAUGCCUAGUUCUAAGGCCUCAAAGGAGAGUACGAGUUGGUUCAAAAGAGGCUUGGCAGGUAUAUAUAAUGGAAGUAUAGAGUCAAACUAGCUGAAAAAAUAUAUUACAUUUUGCUCCUUAGUUUGGCAUUCCUGUUCUAUAAGUCACCCUCGCUACUGAGUUAUACUUUUACUGAGAUACCUUAAUACUCUAUACCAUUUUUCACCUUGAGCAUAAUCUCCUUUCACUUGGUAAGUCUCUAUCUAGACAAAAAAGAAAAAGACUAGGAGAAGAGGCAUAAGAAGCUGAAAGACUAGCUAAAAGACACGAAGCGUUUGCUGAUUAGCCACAUGGAUCCCAUAAUGAUCCAGACAGUGAAAGAAAUCGUGCGCAAAGACAUGAGACGAGAAAUAGAGCAGAUGAAAAACAGUGACUAGGGCUGCUCAGUCAAAUGCAAGCUUAUCAAUGAGAUGCUUAAGAAGGAUCUAGGCAGAAAUAAAGUGAUAGUCAACGAGUUCAUUCAGUUCAAGUGGUGCGAUACCUGCCAAAAUGCCUAGCCAGGCGCAGUGUAAGUCUGUCAUGCUGGUUGUGGGUAGAAAGUAUUCAAGAGAUGCCUGCCAUUGAUGAAAGAUUACGGAGAAAUGGACCAAGACAUAAGUAAAAUGAAGGCUGAGAUAGCUGAUAUCACGAAUGCCUCUCUGAAGUUCUCUGAGUUCCAGAAGGCUAAGAAAGAACUCGAGUAUGAAGAAAGCAAAAAAAUGAGUUAGACUUACAGCAUGCUUAACACUGGAAGUAAUCUUAACGAAAAAAGCAGUGCUCCUGCUGGCAGAACAUCUGGAAGACUUUGA